UCCUUUCUCUCACUUGGCACUUGUCAAAAGGGCGUUUAGUCCGCCCUGUCUCUCUCUCUCUCUCUCUCUCUCUCUCUCACCGUCUCUCGCUUUCCGUCGCCCUUUUCAAGUACUCCAAAAAAAAACCCCCCUACAAUUACUAAAACUCGUACUAUUUUCAUCCAAUCCUACUCUCGCCGGCAUUGGCCGGGGAAGGCACCAUCAGUUUCUCUCCACUUUACUUAAUUUAUUUAGUACGACGGUUUUUUCUUUUUUUUUUUUUUUUUUUUUCUCUUACUAAUUCUCCCUGCCUCUUCUUCCUUGUUCCGCGAGAGAGAGAGAGAGAGAGAGAGGUGGUGGGGCGAGUAAUGUCGUUCUUCCUUGGUUUGGUUCUGGGGGUCGCCUUCGGAAUCGGGCUCGUCAUCGCCUUCGCUCGCUCCCAGAACUCCCGAUCCGCGCAACGCCGCGAGCUGGCUGCUACGUUGGCAAGAUUUUCAAAGAUGACUGUAGAAGAUUCAAGGAAGAUCCUUCCUGCUGAUUUGUGCCCUUCAUGGGUUGUUUUCUCAAGCCGUCAGAAGUUGAAAUGGCUUAAUCAAGAGCUCAUAAAAAUCUGGCCUUACGUGAAUGAGGCAGCAUCAGAGUUGAUAAGAAGCUCCGUUGAGCCAGUUCUUGAACAAUAUAGAUCUGCCAUCUUAGAUUCCCUCAAGUUUUCAAAGUUAACUCUUGGUACUGUUGCUCCCCAAUUCACUGGGGUUUCAAUAAUUGAAGAUGAUGAAUCUGGGAUCACCAUGGACUUAGAGUUAAACUGGGAUGCAAACCCAAAUCUUGUACUUGAUAUUCGAACAAAACUUGGUUUGUCACUUCCAAUACAGGUAAAGGACAUUGGCUUCACGGGUGUUUUCCGCUUAAUCUUUAGGCCUUUAGUGGAUCAGUUUCCAUGCUUUGGGGCAGUCUGUUAUUCUUUGAGAGAGAAGAAAAAGCUGGAUUUCAAGUUGAAGGUUGUCGGUGGGGAAAUUUCAUCUUUGCCUGGAAUUUCUGAUGCUAUUGAGAGAACUAUUCGUGAUGCUGUUGAAGACACUUUGACAUGGCCUGUCCGUAAAGUUGUUCCAAUAUUACCUGGAGAUUAUAGUGAUCUGGAGUUGAAACCUGUUGGGACAUUGGAAGUGAAGCUUGUGCAAGCAAGAGACUUGACAAACAAAGACCUCGUAGGAAAAUCUGAUCCAUUUGCAAUUUUGUACAUACGCCCUUUGCGUGAUAGAAUGAAGACUAGUAAAAUUAUCAACAAUGAUUUAAAUCCUAUCUGGAACGAGCACUUUGAAUUUAUAGUUGAAGAUAUAAAUACGCAGAAUUUGACAGUGAAGAUUUACGAUGAUGAUGGAGUUCAGGCAUCUGAACUAAUUGGCUGUGCUCAAGUAAGAUUGAAGGAUCUUCAACCAGGUAAAGUGAAGGAUAUCUGGUUGAAACUUGUAAAGGAUUUGGAAGUGCAAAGAGACAAGAAAGAUCGGGGCGAGGUGCAUCUGGAGCUCUUGUACUGUCCCUAUAACAUGCAGAAUGGAUUCCAUAAUCCUUUCGAGAAGCAGUUCACUAUGACUUCUUUGGAGAAGACCAUCAGGAGUGCGGAAAAUGGAACAAUUGUAACCAAUUUCAAGAAGAUAGCUUCGCACAAGAAAAAGGAAAUUAUCAUGAGGGGAGUGCUUUCUGUGACAGUAAUAUCAGGAGAAGAUUUGCCCGCGAUGGAUAUGACUGGAAAGUCUGACCCAUAUGUUGUGCUUACAAUGAAGAAAACAAAAACGAAGUAUAAGACAAGGGUUGUGAAUGAGAGCUUAAAUCCAAUGUGGGAUCAGACUUUUGACUUUGUUGUUGAAGACGGCCUACAUGACAUGCUUAUUUUGGAAGUCUGGGAUCAUGAUACAUUCGGAAAGGAUUACAUGGGAAGGUGCAUCAUGACUCUGACAAGAGUUAUAAUGGAGGAACAGUACGAGGAAAGUUUUCCCUUAGAAGGCACAAAAUCAGGAAAGUUGAACUUACUUCUUAAAUGGUCGCCGCAGCCGAUCUACCGCGAAUCGUGAAGUAGGACGAUGAUUCAUCGAAGAGGGAUUUUUCCGAGUAAAGUUUUCUUUCUUCAUGUUACAGCUAGAUUUUCAAGAGAGAGGCUACCAUCGAAUCGGUCCGCAGGUGGUGGGGUCUUGGAUAAGUCCCUCCAAUUUUCGAAGAGUUGUAACAUUAAUGCAUCUAUUUACUGUAUCAAAUAGUCCAUUAGGCCUUUACUUUUGUUAUUCUUGUCGAGCUAUGUAAAAUGUCAUUAUUAUAUUUAUAGCAUAUUAAACUAAUGCAUUACACCAGAGAUAAUCUAAUAAAUAAUGAUUAGCCCUGCCUAUGUAUCCAAAAGUUGGUGUAAAUUUUAGACCUCAUCUAUUCAAUGAUCAAUAUUAUCUCAUUAAUACCAUCUAAA